CUUAGACCGAAAAUGGCGUCGCCUGUAUAUGUUGAAGAGGAAUUGGGAAAAAAAUGGGAUAAAUGUUUAUCAGAUGGAGUUCUUAAAUUUGGUGGAGGUCUUGUAUUAGGCUCAGUAUUUUCCUUAUUAUUUUUCAAGAGAAGGCGAUGGCCUAUCAUAAUGGGUGGAGGAUUUGGUAUUGGAAUGGCCUAUUCGAACUGUGAAAAAGACCUUAAUGCCACAUUUGUCAGUAAAAAGUAAGAUUCCAGUCUAAAAGUGAACAAUUUUGUCAUAGAGUUAUGGUCUUUAAGUGACAGUGGCUAUUUAUAGAUAAAAAUUGUGUAGUCAUUUGUAAAUAUGAACAUUAAAUAUUGUUACACCC